UUAUCAGGACACUCAUAAUAAAACUGCACUCUGCUCCAGUGAGUUUUCCCUCCCAGUCUCAUACGUGAGAGAACUUGUGGCUGGAUCGAAGGUUCAUUCAGUGGUUUGUUACUCCACUGUCAUUUUGGCCCAUUAAGAAUUCAUCCACCAGAUUUAAGGAUGUUUUCGGACUACAGUGUCUUUCUACAGAUCUUCCUGGGCAUCCUGGGUUUUGGUCUCGCCAUGAUGUUCUGCACCACUAUAUGCAGACUAUGCCAUCGCCAAAGGGAUGACCCUAUAUCACGGAGGUCUAUAAGACAUAGUGACCAGGGCAGGCUCCCGCAGUCCAUAUAUUUCAUUCCCUUCCCCAGGAGCAUACCACAGCAGGACAGCGAAGAUCAAGGUGGUGAUGCCAUGAGACCACCACGAUACAGCACAACAGUCUACUCAGGACCCCCACCUGCCUAUAAUGAGCUGGAAUUUAAGCCUGAUGAGCUCCCACCUGCUUACAAUGAACAAAGCAUUUCUAUGUAUCCCAUAACACCCCCACCGCCUCGCCCAGACAUGGUUCAACCACAGGCACAGUAACAACCAUAAGGAAAAAGCAUUAUUGUGUCGAGGUUACGGACACUCACGAUAUUGCACUGCCUCGUGGACAUAAGUAACGAGAAGUUCUAAUCUUUUAAGGGUUGGUUUUAUUGUUAGACUUGUUUUCUUUAUUGUUUUAAGGGAGUUGAUGCUGGCACGAAGAGAAUCAAAGUUGCGGAAAUGGAAAAGGUUUAAAGUUACAACACUGUAAACGUGUUUCUGUUUCAGCUUGUUCUCUCUGUGUUUAUUAGCAGGAUAUCAAAGAAGUGUAUCAGGUAUCAGGUAUUUAUUACAUUUAGCGCAGAGCUAAACUGAAAUACACGUUGUUUUGGUUUGCACUCAACAUCUUGAGGACGAGAUGCAUUUUUUUCACCACUUUUACAGACUUCAUUUCAACAGACAGUAAAGGGAUGGCACUCAUGGCAUUUACAAUAACACUGUGAGAAACUGAAAUGGUUGCAUUUUGCUUGUUCACACUCUGUAUAUUUACUAAAAGGGUUUAGAUAUUCGCUAUUCAUUCUUUCAUCAAAAUAUUAGCUUUGGGUGACUAUUUUGGAAAGCAUGUAUUCUCUGGUUGCUUUUUAAGUGAUGUUCUAAACAAGCACAUACAGUGAAGUACAUGAUAUUGAAGUGUGCCUGACAAGCAUGUAUUUUCAUAUACGUAUGCUGAUUAACUUAUGCGACUGUAAUAGCACGGUUGCAGUGAUGUUGUAUUCAUAUUGUGCUAGAAGAGGCCUUUUUCACUCAUGACAGGGACUGCAUAGGUGUAACUCAUUGUUCAGCCGUUGGUUAUGGCCGAACAAUCAGUUAGUGCUAUUUAUUACAGCUGUUCACGUACCAUUCAAUUACUGUUGUGAUUUCUGAGAACUUGCUUUAAGACUUUAAUGAAACAGCCACUUUACUUGAAAUGAAAUGUGUAAAUAGACAAAAUUUGCAAAUUAAUUGUUCAAAUUGUUCUCAGGAAAAAAAAAGUGAAUGAUAUUUAUAGUAGCUGGUCUACUUAAAGUUCUCUGUACAGACUGAACGCUCCAACAAAGUCUGUAAUAUGAACCUGGAAACAGAGGUUAGAAAAAGAUUUCAAUGUUUAGGAAAUUUUUCAUGUAAAUGUAUGUUCAUAAUAAUGAUUGUAUCACAUGUACAUAUUGUGGAUACGUUUAAAUAAAGAAAAACACUAAAUCAAGCUUGUCAUAAAUUUUAACAAAGUUGGAAUAAAAGUUGAAAUGCUUUACAAAGAUUCACUUCGGUGCAACUUAAAACAUUGAAGAAUUUCCAGUUUCUUUGGCUUAAGAAACUCUUGAGGUGCUUUUGCAGCAGGUUUUUAGUCAUUAUCCUCUGAAGUGCCAUUAAGGGUUAUCCAAUUAGUUUGGCAACAUUUGGCUGAAUCUGAGCAGUCAUACAAGCCCAGACCAUAACAUUGCCUCCAUCGUGUUUGACAGAUGAUAUGGUAUGCUUUGAACAAAGAGCUGGUCCUUUACAACUUUUCUUGAGUGUAGCCAUUAGUUUUUUGUUUUUUUGUCGUUGUAAACUUUUCAAUUCAAUCUUUUCAUUUUCCCAACAACAACUGCCUCAAGUCACUUUAUAUAAUAAGAUAAAGAUGCUACAAUAACAAAGAGAAAUCCCAACAAUCAGAUGACCUCCUAUGAGCAAGCACUUGGCACAGUGGGAAGGAAAAUCUUUUAACAGGAGAAAACCCCUGACAAGCUCAGGGAGCGGCUGUCAGGGGUCACGUGUGGACGCGAGGAAGAGAUGACCCAAACGCAGGACUCACGGUGCGGGAUCAAGGGUGUAUAGUGUAGUGAGUGGAUGAACAGAACAGUAACGAACGCUGGCUGGCUGGAUGACUGAAUGGCUGGCUGAACUGAAAACACACAUGGGAACGACGGCAGUGACAACAUCAAUGACAAGACAAUGAGCGAGUGGAAACUGAGGACUUAGAUACACAGACUGAUGAGAGACCGGUGAGUACACAGCUGAACUUAAUCAAACUAACGAUACACAGGAAAGGAACUGGCACAGCAAGACAGGAAUUGUGAACGAGUGAGAAAUAAACUGAACAUGAACGAACU